GGCCGGGAGCCGGGCUGGGGCGCCGAGAGGCCCGGAGGGCGCGCGCGGCGCAGGAGUGUCCCAGUGUGGAUGACAAAUUGUAAGGUCCCCCUACCUAAGGGACGUGGAACCUGCAGUGGUUUUCACAGGAUUCGACACUGCUCUUGGAUGGGUUUGCUCGAAGAUUUGCAUAUUAACAGGGGGAGAGGAUGGUGUGCCAGUAAGACUGAAAGGACGUCCGGGUCAGCUUCUAAACUGAAAUUCUGUGGUGAAGUGCAGAGGGACAACAUUUGGGAUGGGACAGUGACAUUUCCUGUCCUGGCCACAUGGGGAGGAUAUGCCACGCUGCUGCCUGCCGUUGGCAACCCUCCUGGACUAGGCUGCUUUGGUUAAUCACAUGGAUGUUGCUGGUUACUUUGUGUGGGCAGAGACCUCUUCACGGUCAGUCGGAGAGAGGAGCCUGACCACCGUGCUCACCUCUCUGGAGAUAUGUGAGUUUUGGAUUUUCCCACAACGAAGGUCAGAAUGCUGCCCCUCCGUCAUGCUCUGGCCGUAGCUGUUGUCCAGAUCUUUAUCUUGUCAGAAAACUGGGCAUUGGCCAAGAAUAUCAACUUCUACAACGUGAGGCCUCCUCUGGACCCUACGCCAUUUCCAAACAGCUUCAAGUGUUUUACCUGUGAAAAUGCAGGAGAUAAUUAUAACUGCAAUCGAUGGGCAGAAGACAAAUGGUGUCCACAAAAUACACAGUACUGUCUGACAGUUCACCACUUUACCAGUCAUGGAAGAAGUACAUCCAUUACCAAAAAAUGUGCCUCCAGAAGUGAAUGUCAUUUUGUUGGCUGCCACCACAGCCGAGAUUCUGAACAUACAGAGUGUAGGUCUUGCUGUGAAGGUAUGAUCUGUAAUGUAGAGUUACCCACCAACCACACGAAUGCGGUCUUCGCCGUGAUGCACGCGCAGAGAACAUCUGGCAGUGGUGCCCCCACACUCUGCCUACCAGUGCUUGCCUGGGUCUUCGUGCUUCUGCUGAUAUGAGGCCACUGUUCCUAGGAGAGGGAGAAACUGCCCCAUGAAGCACCGGCCACGAACUGUGUGAACACAACAUUUGAGCGAAGACCAGUCUCGCACUUGGAGAGUGCACCUUGGACCCCAAAGCAGAAGCCAGUUGUUUGCUGAGCUAAAACACUCCUGCAUCAGGCCACAGGAUUGAGGGAAGGGGACAUGGCAGGAACUGAGAGGAUCGCCACAGGCUUCCUGGCCAGAGGGCCUGCAUUUUGUCACUUCCGCAGGGAGGAGCCUGCCCAGCAUCUGCAACGGGCGCGUGGCGGUAAGCCUGUGGUGUUUCUGACUGCCCAGGCCGUUAGCUGAAGGGACACGUCGACCUCAAGACUCUUUCGGAAGCUGCUGGGUCAGACCCUCACGUUGCUGUGUGUGAUUAGCUCAGUGUCUCUAUGAAAUCUUACCCUUCCCCUGUGAGAAAGCAAUUUCCCCACCAAUGACAUAGUCAAUGAGAAAGGCCACUAGCUAUAGGAAGAAAACUUCCAGUUGAACUAAUAUGAAACCCAUUUGCUCAUGUGGGGGGAAAUAAAGCUUUUAAAUUAUACAGUGUAGAAUCCAUGCUUGUAUGUGUUUCUUGAUUGACCUGGCGACCUUGGAUAAAACAUUUACCAGUGUCAUAAAGGAGGUCACUGAAGUUAUGUUUCCAUGCACCAUAGGUGAUAU